CUUGUUCUUUUUUUUUUCUGGACGGGACCCGGUUGUUCCUGCGUGUUUCGAGCAAGCUGCGAAGACGACGCGGUGGGGAUGGCUACGGCAGCCGGCGGCGGAGGGCGAGGAGGAGGAGGAGGAGCGAAGACGGUGGUGGCGGAGCAGAUAGCGCAGGCGGUGCAGUCCACCUCCAACCUUCUCCAGCUUAUGGAAGAGUCCUCCCCCGCGCAGAUUCACUUGGCAAAACUUCCCAAGAACCUCUUGGCAAAAGCAUCUUUUGCAAAGAACACAGAGCAGGUGCUACACCAACUACCUCAAGUAAUUUCUUCCUUGGAUGCUUAUAUGGACAGGAGUUUGCAAAGCGCCUCUCAAAUUAAGACUGUCACACAACUGUUGUCAAACAUGGAGAACACUCAGUUGAGAUCCAUCGUGCCUUCCUCUCAACUGAAGAAAGAUCAAAAGAAUACCGAACCUGAAGAACUCAGGGUUGAGUGACGUGUUCGCCAAGACCUAAUGGAAGACUUGGUUUUCGCUUUCUUGUGCUGAAGAAGUGUAUGUACGGUGGUUCAGGAGGUGGCUUUCCAAUAGCAAGCAAAAGGAUCCAUUGUUUCUUACUGUUUGUUCAACAUCUGCACGAUGUGGUUGGGGAUUGCUGUAACUCUUCAGGCGCCAUGUUAUGAGUGCCUGGAACCUGUAUCAUAAGGCAAGCAUGCCUAUUAACUGCUGCGCUUUCCGGGUCUGUAACAAUGUUCUUUUCUUGUAAUUGUAUUGAUUGGUUUUAGCAGAAAUUAAGGUAGAAAUUAAGGUCC